UGGGCACAUUGUGCAAUCGAUAGACAAUGAUUAAUUAUCCCUAAUAUAUAUAGACCGCGACGUUGACGGGCACCGGGUUAAUCAAAAACAAAUAUUAAAUUACCAAAAAUGACUACGCUGCGACCAUUUACCUGUGAUGACCUUUUUAAAUUUAAUAACGUGAACUUUGAUCCGCUUACAGAAACAUACGGUCUCUCGUUUUACACACAAUAUCUGGCCAAAUGGCCCGAAUACUUUCAGCUGGCCGAAUCGCCCAGCGAGCACAUCAUGGGCUACAUCAUGGGCAAGGUAGAGGGACAUAUGGACAACUGGCACGGACAUGUGACCGCGCUGACUGUCUCGCCCGACUACAGGCGUUUGGGUCUGGCGGCGCUGCUGAUGAGCUUCCUGGAAGACAUAUCGGAAAAGAAACGUGCCUACUUUGUGGAUCUGUUUGUGCGCAAAAGCAAUAAAGUGGCCAUCAAUAUGUAUACAAAUCUGGGCUAUAUUAUAUAUCGCACCAUACUCGAGUACUACUCGGGUGACCAGGACGAGGAUGCGUAUGAUAUGCGUAAGGCGCUGUCCCGAGACGUGAACAAGAAAUCGGUUAUACCGUACACACAGCCUGUACGAUUGGAAGAUAUAGAUAUGAAUUGAUAUCCACCCAAUACUGCCCGCAUUCGCAUUUAUGUUUAACUGAACAUCAUGAUAAUUACCAUAUACGAUUGGCACAAAAUUGCAUUCAGUUCGGCGCGGUGCUGCCGUCCUUCAAAAUUUUAGUUAAUCAAUUAUCAAACAAUAGCAAAAAAAUUGUAUCUAAUCCGGAGUUCUUAAGUUUGCCGUUAAACACACACACAGUUCUAAAUCCCCAAUCUAUUGCUAACCUCUCGAACCCGAUCCGUACGAACCGAAAAAAAAAUAUACCCAAACAAAAAAUUCCAAGUUGGAUUACAAUCGAUAUUGCGUUCAUGUAAUCCGUUGUUAUGUUAAUAAUACUUAUAUAUUAUAUAUAUUUCUACAUGACUUUGUUAUCAGUUUUAAAAAUGACAAGCCGAUUGUAACUACUGAAAACUUGAAAGAUAACAAUGCGCGAAUUGCGCCACCAAAUGCGGCACGAGGCUUAGUCCGAAUCGAAGAUAUAUCUUCUAUAUACCCACUAGCUCAUCUGGAUAUCAUAUCAUCAGGCUGCCAUCGCUUAAUAUUCCUAAGUUCUGUAUUUUGAUUUUAUUAGCAACAAAAUUAAAUCGAAAUUUUGUAGUUUUGCAAGCAAAUACACACAUGUAUAUUUAAAUAGAUA